AUGGCGCUGGGGAGCAGGAAAGCAAAUGGCAGGCCCGUAAUUCUGGAUGCCGGUCAUACCUGGCGUCCGAGCGCGGUAGAAGCCGCCACCCUUCCCACUGGGUCAAGAGCGAUCGACAAAGCUCCUUCUCCGACUGUCCAUUGCCCCACUAUCCUCGACUCAAUCCUGCCCGACCAAGCAGACCAAGCAUCAGGCGAAGAAGGACCCAAGGGCCCAAAGACCCACAAUGCCACUGACCAGGCAGGUUCGUUCGCUCGCGGCCCUGCACCUCCGCAGGCGUCCGUGUUGCGCAACUUCCACCCUCUCGAACACCAGCACCCGCCUGCACCAGCAUCCAUCAGCACCAGCAGCUCCUCCACACCAUCUUCCCCAUCUCCCGACUCUGGACGCUCUUUUGAUCGCGAAAAGCCCGUCCUGAAACGCCGCCGGAUCACCAAGGCCUGCGACUUCUGCCAUCGGCGAGGUCGCAAAUGCAAGCUGCCCUCCACCACGAGUCCGGACUCGGCCACCACCGUGACGUGCCUGACAUGCAUCGAACAUGGCGCCACUUGCACCUGGGACCGGGUUGCUGCCAAGCGAGGUGUCAAGUCCAAGGGCCCUGAAGUCGCGAGGAAGGCUUCCAGCGUCGCCGACGACACUUGGACGUACGAUGUGGCGAGGCACGGAGAACGAGGGCUCAUCGAGGCACUGCUGCGCGUCUUUUUUGAUACCGUGUAUCCCAUCUUUCCUUUCUUCGCUGAAUCGGUUCUUGUCGAUGAGUGGGAGCGGACGAGCCUCUCGUCGAGUCGUCCUACGUUUGCGCGGCUCAUGGCCAUCUGCGCUCUCAGUUCGUGUCAUGUUCGCGAUGGGGCCGUCUUCAGUCUGCGCAUCGCCCCUACCGUCCCUGCGAAACACCAGCAGUCGUACCUCGAAGAUGCGAGGAGGGCCAUCCCGAGCGACAUUUCAGCCGCCGACAGCUUCCAGUAUCUGCAGACCCUCGGCACCCUGUCGUUGGCCGCCAUCCAGCUCGGAGACGCUCCUCUUCUCCACGAGACCCUUGGCCUCUAUCACACGGUCAUGGCCCAGCACAACUUCCAGAACGAGUCACGCUGGCCCUCGAGCAUUGACCCAGUCGAGGUCCACGUACGCCGGCAGUUCUUCUGGUCCAUGUACCGCCUCGAGGUGCAUUCAGCCCUCAUAAAAAGUCACUCCAUCCGUUGUCCGGAAAUGCAGGCGGCCGUCGCAUAUCCGGCUGUCUCGGACGCGCUUAGAGACCCCAUCGCUGCCGCCGCCGCUUCUAGGGGCGGCUUCCCCUCAGGUGGAUGGCUCAUCGGGUGGACUACAUCACGGACCUCUACCGCGUGCUUGAGCAUGUGA